UUAACUUUAAUGACACAGAAUCACAACACCUCUGUCUAAUUUUAGCGCCUGGUACAUUCAUACCAUGGAAAUUAUGUAACAAAUAUCAUGAACACAUAAUUUUACUCGAACGAUAGAAGGACCGGCAGAAAUGAUCGUGCCUGGCUUGCUGAGACAAAUACACCACAACAGUCGGGAUGCCCUCAUCUCUUCUGCAAAGCUUUUAUAUGCAGCGGGUAGCAGCAGGUCCUAUGCUAAAAAGACUUUUGUUAAACUUCCAACCCCUAAAAAAAAAUCAGAAUGGUGGGUCGUGGAUGGAGAGAUGCAUGAAAUAGGAGACGAUAUACCUCCCAGAGAAAGGUUUCACAUACCCAGGGAUAAUAUCCCUAAUAGAAAGAGGAAACAAUUGAGAAGCCAAUUCAUGAGGAAGACCCGCUUGAACCUCAAAGAAUCUGACCAUGAGACCUGGUGCAAACAGUAUAUAGAAUUAUAUCAGCAGUUGAGAGAGGACUGGGAAAAGCUUUAUUGGGAUGAAGGCUAUUCAAAUAAAGUUGCCCAGGAACAUGCUGCUCAUGAUUCUGAAGAAGACGAUGAUGCUGACUUUUCUCCAAAUAGGAGGCGGGCUUUCCAACCUGCACAAAUGAAGGCAGGAGUGGAUGUGUACAACCGGCUAAAUUACAAUCAAGGCAAGAUAAGCUACCUCCGAGACAAACUAGAACGUGACCAAGAGAAAAGGUUUAGGGAUAGGGCAUUUGCGCCAAUGGAUUCAGAGAGAAGUUUUAGCCGGCAUCAGGAGGGACGUUUUGAUCGGCACCAGGAAAGAGGUUUUAACCCACAGCAGGACAGAGGUUUUAAUCUGAAUCAGGGAAGGUUUUUUAGCCCGCAACAGGAAUACCCUAAGAAGGAGCCAUUAAAUAUUAAGAGAUUUUUUGAUGAUCGAAGACAUUGAAGACCAUACAUGUUCAUUCAAAUGCUAUGUAAACAAGUCAUACUCCAGAUAAAAAUCAGUUGACUAUGCAACAAUUUAAAGUUUUCAACAUCCCAUAAUAUUCAGCCAUUAUCCAUAAUUAUGAGUUUUCUGAUCAGUAGGUCUUACCUUGAUUAUGUUUGUAAGCUUGACAAGUCUUGUUUAUAUUCUCCUUGUCCAAUUGUUUCACACAAAUAGGAUUGUUAAUAAAGUUGUGUACUGCUGCUGUCUUCUUGGUUUUUAUUGCUAUAAUUUGAAAUACAUGUAGGUAUUGAGGGUGUAGGAAGAUUGUAAGAUCUGAUUUGCUUUCUACCAUUUGUCUUAAAGUGGAAACCCAGGAGGUACAGAUUUGAAAUAAUGUGCAAGGCAAAGUGAAAACUUUUUCCUUCUGUUCA